UAGGCCGACCCUGCUGCUUUCUCUCUCUCGCAGAAAGUAUGCAGUUAGCAAAUGAUUUAGUGCUGGAUUUUACAUAUAUUUUUUAAUCUCGUUUUGUACAUCCAAUUAGUCACCACUUCCACCCACGAGCUAAACCUGACUUUUCACUAUUGCAAAUUCCUAGUAGAGGACGACCAAAUAAGUAACUGCAAGAUCAAUUGGAGUAUUUUUGUAAGAAUAACUGGACAGCCUGAGAUAAUUAGUGUAUGGUAGUCUGUAUCAAUCAACCACGUGCAGACUAACCAGAAAUUAAUUAGCCAUGGAGGAUGUUCAAGUUUGUUCAAAUUGGGAAGACAUUGCAGACAACUCGACGGCAUUGGAACAACAAUUAGAGAAAUUAAGGUUGGAAAAAGCAGCUGCUUCAGGAGAAGAACCCAAAAUCCGAAUUUUAACUAGAAAUAAGUCUGAAAAGAACGAUUCAAAAAGUAACGAGAUCAAAGAACGUCCCCAACAAACACAAAUUCUACUGGAUAGUACUCGAGAAGAAAAUCUUCGUAGUCAAUAUGUCCCACCGGAACCACGGAUUAAGCUGUUAACGCGUCCGAAAUCUAAUAAUUCGUCAAGCACAUCGAAUGGUCCGUCCGGAAAAUGGAAAUCGCAACCCGUGAAAACAUUGGAACAGAGGGAGAAGGAGUACAAGGAAGCUAGAAUGCGAAUUCUCGGAGACGUUCAAUUUAGCGAUCCCGAAGAUGUGGAUGGCUUAACACCUGCAGAAGUUCUCAAACAGAAGGUUGCCCAGGCUAUGAUGGAAGGAGGUGGUUCGGAAGGUGAGGAGGAAGAGGAGGAAGAAGGGAAGAGCAGUGAAUCUAGUGAAAAUGGGGCGGGCUUAAAAGUUAAAUCGAAAUCUCGUGGAAAGAAAAGCCGUGAAAAGUUUAAGACGCCUAAUGUUGAGUCUCCCAGAGAAUUUCCCGUUUCUAAAACGGAUUCUGAACGAAUCGUCCGCCAACCACGUGGGCCAGAUGGGACUUCCGGAUUUCAUAGAUAACGUCAUCAGUAAUACUUAACAAACUAUAAUUACUUAAUACUAAUAGUAACUAACUAACUAUUAAAUACUAUUAUUGUCAUUGAUUGAUAUAUGUUAUAUAUGCCCAAUUGAGAUGGUCAGAGUCAGAUCCAUCUAUUAAUUGGGUAAUGUUCUCAAACUUUAUCGCAUGAUUACUAUUUAACCUGGCUCGGGCUAAGUAAACCGAUUAUUAAAUGCAUACAUAUACUCAUCGGUCUGAAUGAAAAGCGUGGAGACGAUAUAUGUAAUACUGCUGCUAUCAUUAUUAUUCCUGUUAUUAUUACAAUACAGCUUUAAUAAGUUGUAUUAAUUACGAUCAAAUUUCACAAAAUUUAGAUUACAUUAUUACACUGUACUAUUAAAAAAUCAUUAACAACUCGACUAGACUCAUAAACUUAACGAACUAAGUGAAAAGAAGAAAAAAUAAGUCAUUUUAUAACGCUUAAA